GCUAUGAAAAACUUGUGCAGACAUUCAUUCCUAUGAGAAAUUUGUGUCUAUGAGAAUUUUACUGUGCGCAAUUGAAUAAGUCAAAACACACGUGUGUGAGGACCUAACCUGGAUAAUUACUCUUAAAUAUUAAAAUAUUUUAUUUAAGAUGAAUUUAGAAGAGUCUAAGUCGAGAAUCAUUUUAAACGAAUACGUUGUUGCUAAUACAAAUGCUACUGACUACCCUGGAGGUUUCAGCUGUGAAGAGCCAUGGAGCCACAAGAAGUUUCAAAAGAACUUCCGCAUUGAAAUUGUUCGGUAUAAUAAAACGGAGAUGGAAUUCGACUUAAUUGGUGUACAUGCAGCAAUUGCCAAUGCAUUCAGGCGGGUGAUUCUCUCUGAGGUUCCAAGCAUGGCCAUCGAAAAAGUAAAGAUCUUCAAUAACACAACUUUACUUCAAGAUGAAGUAUUAGCUCACAGAUUAGGAUUAAUUCCAUUGAAGGCAGACCCCAGACUCUUUGAAUAUAAGGCUGAGGCGGAUGCUGAACCAACAGAGCAAGAUACUCUUGAAUUUGAGCUGAAGAUUAAGUGCACGUGGAAUGGCAAUGCUCCCAAAGACGCCACUCAUCCAGACGAUUUGUACAGAAAUCAUAAUGUAUAUACCAAACAUUUGAAAUGGAUUCCAAUUGGUGGUCAAGCUGACAUUUACAAUGCUGAACAAGUUGGUCCAGUUUUUGAAGAUAUUUUGCUGAACAAACUCAGGCCUGGCCAUGAGCUUGAUUUGCGAUUACUAGCUGUUAAAGGAAUUGGCAAGGAUCAUGCAAAAUUUUCUCCAGUUGCCACUGCAUCAUAUCGUUUGUUACCAGAGAUUACAUUAACCAAGGAUGUAGAGGGUGAAUUGGCAGAGCGAUUGCAGUCAUGCUUUUCCCCAGGAGUUAUAGGUUUAGAAGACAAUGGACAUGGGAAGAAAAGGGCGAAGGUAAAGGAUGCUCGCUAUGAUUCUUGCAGCCGAAAUGUCUUCCGAUAUGAAGACUUGAAAGACUCUGUGAAAAUGGCCCGUGUAAAAGACCACUACAUAUUUUCAGUUGAGUCUGUCGGCGCCCUUCCACCUGAUGUUCUAUUUGUUGAAGCAAUUAAAGUGUUAAAGAAGAAAUGCAUGACUUUCCUGGAAGAGCUGAAUGAGGCUGCUGCUGAGAAAUGAUGUGAGUCCGUAUAGAGCAGCCUUUUGUGUGUAUGUGUUGGAUAAAGGUGAUAAUAAUAAAACUAUAAAGAAAGACUAGGAUCAAAAGAUA